GGGAACACGUACUUGUGCUGCUCGUGCAUAUGUGGAGUUGCGGUCACAAUGGUGAUCACGCUGGCGUAUGUAUGCUGGGUGUUCCAACCCUGCAUUCGGGCACUUGUUGUAGACGACUUGAUGGGAAGACUUGGUUAUGGCAUACAGUGACACUAGAGAAAGUUUGGACACAGAACGUGGGAUGGAUGAUGUGGGUUUGGCGGCUGGCAGAAGCCAGCGGGAGAAAAAGCGUUCCUACAAAGACCUACUGCGCGAGGAGGAAGAGAUCGCUGAGCAGGUCCGUAAGUCAUCAAAAAAGAGACCUAAGGGGGCGGACCUUCCUCAGAGCGGGACCAGCGCCUGUUUGGCGCCUUCCUCUGCUUACAGCUGCAGCAGCAGGCACACACAGCUCCUCCAGACCGACACUCAGGAUACGCAGGAAAACUGGUUACAGGGGUGUAGCAAAAGGGGAUGCAGAAUUUUUGUUCAUGGGGUCAGAGUCGCAUAAGAAAAAAAAGAAGCAUUCCUCGGAUGAUGCUUACUACCCAGAAGUAUCUUCCUCGGAGGGAAAGAAAAAAAAGCCCAUUCCCAGUUCCUCUUCUCCGUCCUCUGAUACUGCUAUGGAUCUGCUCAAUUCCAUGUCUUCCCCCAUUGUUACUUCAAGCAAACUCCCUUCCAAGAAAACAGAGAAAAUAGUUGCAGCCUCUUCCAGCUUCCAGUCGCCCGUCCAAACACCACGUAAAGAUCAUCGUAAAAAAGUUGGAGAAGACUCUGUUGAAGACCUCUCCCACAAAUCUAAAAGGCCCAAGCCUCUGACUCUACGUGAACCAGAUGGCUUGCGGAUGAAACUUAUCCUGUCUCCUAAGGAGAAAACAAGUGAGCACACGUUCCCACAGCAAGAAAGUCCAGUACUCAGUGAUGGAACGUCUCCCAAAAAGAGUAGCAAAAAAUCGUCACGAGACGAAGUGGAGAGAAGCAGCCACAAGAAGCAUCGGAAAGAAAGCCACACACCAAGGCUCAGUGGGACUCCAGAUUCUGCUUCUUCUUCUGAAGGGGAACUUGAGGCUGGAGAACUAGUGAUUGAUGACUCAUUCCGAGAGUUGAAGAAGAAAAAGAAAUCAAAGAAGAGUAAGAAGAAGAAGGACAAACACAAGGAAGACAAGCACAGGAAGCACAGUAAAAGCAAGAGAGAACAUGGGUUGGAUAGCAGUCCCACACCAAUUACAGCACCUAUGCUUCCAUCACCACCCACUCCCAUCACUGCCACAUCUCCCCCCAUACUCUUACCGAUACAACCAGCAGCAGCAGCUCUGUCCACACCCAUUCUUAGCCCUCAUCCUGAGGGCACAUCAGACAAGAAAAAGAAGAAAGAUGAUACAGAAAAGCCUAAGAAAAAGAACAUGUCUGCAUAUCAAGUUUUCUCUAAAGAGUACCGCGGCAGCAUCAUAGCAGACCAUCCAGGCAUUGAUUUUGGAGAGCUCAGUAAGAAGUUGGCAGAAGUUUGGAAGCAGCUGCCUGACAAGGACAAACUUGUUUGGAAGCAGAAGGCCCAGUAUCUCCAGCACAAACAGAACAAAGCCGAGGCCACUACUGUAAAACGCAAAUCCAGCCCUUCAGAGUCCACUUCAAAGAGUAAAGGAUCCUCCUCCUCAGGACUGUCCUCUCCUCACAAGAAGUCCCCAAGUAGCGUUGUAUCCUUCUCUUCAUCUCCAGCCAAAGUCCCUGACACUGAGCCUAUUGACGUGGCUGCCCAUCUCCAGCUGUUGGGCGAGUCCUUGAGCUUGAUAGGUCACAGACUUCAAGAAACGGAGGGCAUGGUUGCGGUGUCUGGUAGCUUGUCAGUGCUGUUGGAUUCCAUCCUCUGUGCCAUGGGGCCUUUGGUGUGUCUCACUAGCCAUGUUCCCCAGCUCAGUGCCUGCCCCAAGCAAGUUUUGUCCAACACUUUGGACAACAUUGCCUACGUGAUGCCUGGCUUGUGACUACGAGAAGAGACGUGACCUGUGGAUUUUUUUAAAUAAAAUAUAUAUACAUGUACAGUGCUGUAUUAUAUGUAUACAAGUUGUUAGUCUAUUUUAUACCCCUUAGACACUUAAUUGUAAUUUUUAGAGGAAAUAGACAUUUUUCUGUAAAUUUCUAUAUGUCAUCCUGCACCACAGAAUUGCUAAACAUAUUGUAGCAUAAUCGUUGUUCUUACAUCACAGGAUUACUUAGUGGUGGGCGGGGUUAUCCGAUUUUAAUUAUUCUUCAGUGUAACACUGAAGUCGACACUUUUUAGUUUCAUUAAAGGUUAAGCACAGUACAAAAUGGACAAAUGAUAUUGUAACUAACAAAGGUCACAGUGGCAACAGCAUUGUCUCGCCCUAAUCGUAUUAGUCCUGCAACAAACCUUUUCUCUAUGAGAACUUUUAAGUGGAACGUCAUAAACAAAAAGAAACGCUUAUUUUAUAAAUUCAUUUCCAUUAUUUAUGUAUAUGAAAUAGGGUGAAUGUGCAUUUUAUACUGACUCUUAUAGGCCCUACACACUUGGCGAUAUUCUGAAAGAUAUGAACGAUCUCGUUCAUAAAUGAACGAGAACUCGUUCAUAUCUUUCAGUGUGGAGACUUAAGCGAUGAACGAUGCGCGUCCCCGCGCUCGUUCAUCGCUGGUCUCCCGUCGGCUGUGCAUGCAGGCCAAUAUGGACGAUCUCGUCCAUAUUUGCCUGCACUUCAAUGUAGCCGGGUGACGGGGGGAGUGAAGAAACUUCACUCCCCCCGUCACUGCCCCCCCGCCGCCGGGUUGCUCGUCGGCCGUAUCGGCCGUCGGGCACCUCGGCGGCGCAUCGCCGAGUGUGUAGGGCCCCUUAAUCAGACUUAUAAUUUCCUGUUUUUCUAUGUAGAUUUAUGUCAUUGCUCAAAGUGGAUGGUGAUGUGUUCUAAAAACGGUCAAUGCAGAGUAGAAUGAAGUCAGGCAUAAUUACUCAUGCGUAAGAGCAGAUAUUCGCCCAUAUACUGAGUUACACGCAUCUGAGCGGCAGAACCGCCCAUAUCAGUAGGUCUGGUUUCCUACCCAUCAUGAGAGUGCACUUGCACCAGCUCUAACCUUUGUGCAAAAGAUAAUUCUGCAAAGAGGCAUAUUUUAGUGUGUGCCUAGCUCUGCAUAGCCUGUAAUUCCAUUGACAUGCCCUUGCUUACCUUUGCCUGCCUGUGAGUGCCCAGUUAUGAUCCAGUUACACCUUUCAGCUGCAGUCAGAGAUGAGAUUGAUUUGCAUACAACUCUAGAUCGCUGUAAUUGCAUACACACUGCUCCAGAGCACGCAUAGCGUGAAAACACGCAUGAUACUGUACAUCUGCGAACGGACGUGUUCAGCUAUGUAAAAGCCCCACGGAAUGCAAAGAGAACAAUAUAAUGGAAAUGGUUUGCUUUAUUUGUACAUUCUGGAUUUAAUAUUAUAGACUGGUAAAAGAGACUAAAUAAAUCCCCUGUGGCACAUAUCUCAACCACAGAGCAGUGUUUACUUACUGGUCCUGGUCAGUGAUUGUGGGUGACACCCCAUGUGCAAUAUAGCAAAUACUGCUGAGGAGAUUAGCAUCACUUUAAAGCCGCUGAAACCUCUGUAUUUUUCUAUGCUUUUAAAUAAGCUGCUGUGGGGAAAAGGUUUUGCGAAGGCGUAGUAGUUCUCUGUAUAGUCUAGAAGUACAUUCAGCGAGGUGUGCCACAUCUUUCCUUGUUCUGUAAUGUUAUGGGGACUCAGUCCUGCCUAUCCAUUUUUUACUUUCUAUGACCCUCGGUGAUGUAAUUCCCAUUGUUUGCCAAUUCUCUGUAUUUUGAGAAUAAUUUCAUAAGUAAGAUUGGAAGGAAUGAUUUGUGAUGGGGAAUGAGGGGACCUAAAAAAAAUAAUGGUACUGAAAGCUGAUAAUUGCAGUGCAUUUUUUUUUAACGUAUGUUAAAAGGCAUAAACAGCAUUAUGUUUAUGUACUUAUUUACUAUGUAUUUUAGAUACAUUUGCACUUUUCUAAACGUGCAUCUCAAAUCAAGUACUCUUGUUAAAUCCAUUAGUAUUUGGAGAGUUAGAUCGAUAUACAGAUGUAGCCAUGUUCAUCUUUGCUACAACGCUGCAUGGUGUGCUGGGCUGUGCCAUGCAGCAUGCCGCAAAGAUGAACAUGCAUCUGUAUGAGUGAUGAGUGAACUGUAUCCACUGUAUUGCUGUGCCUCAUGUGAAAUUUAAUCAUUUGUGUUAACUUACAACGUAGCACACAUUAAACGCACAUAAAAAUAAAAAUGUCUGCUUCAUUUAGCACAAUUUACUCACUAAGGGGGGAAUUCAGUUGUCCGCGGUAAUGUAAUACGGGCUAAUUGAUCCCCCUGGGUUAUCUAAUUAGUCCAAAGUCAGCCUGACAAGGUCCUUACAAAAAAAUCUCUGAUAAUCGCCCUGUUUGAUCACGGAAGUGAAAACACUUCGGUCCAUGAAUUUAUCAUGGAUUCUGUGUGUUUUUGCCUGAAAACAGGUUAUUUUUGGGCUCUAAUUGGAUUGCCGGAAAAUUUAUGGUAAAGUCCCAUUUUUAGAAAAUUAUCAGGACUAAUUGAAUUCUCCCCCUUAAUUUACAUACCGCAUUUUCAAUGCAGAAUUUUAAUGCUAGUGUGGUUGCUUGUUUCUAUACAUUUAUGUCUUGCAUAUUUGCAUUGAACAAGUAAAACAGAAAAUGUAUAUAAAGUAGGAUUAGAGUGCCGUUAUCACUUUUCUUCUAUUUUAUUAAGAGAAUUGUGUCUUGAAGUGAUCAUGCAUAAGGCACGUUAACAAACUACUUUAAUCCCUUCAAGAAUGCCAAAAAAGUAUCAAAACCAAGUUUACUUCAGAAAUGUUACUUGUAUAUAGUUUUUUACGCUGUUUUCUUGUGUUAUAUAAAUAAAUUAUAAAAUGCAUUACGCUUACAGUGAAUUUUUUUAGUGGUCAUUGUUUUGCUAUUUGUUACAUAAUUACACAACAUGUUCCCGUUGCAGCAGUACUCAUAUGAGUAGUAAUUCUCAAAAUAUUGAUUGACAUGUUGCACAUGAAAUGAUUGGAUAAUUUAAUGUAUUUCUAUUAUGUACCAAUCUUGGAUUAAAAAGAUAUUGACAGUUGUGUAUAAAAUUAAAUAUUGUUUUGAAA